AUGCUCAAAAGACAAGUGAGAUGCUUCUCCUCGCUCAAGUCGGUGGGCUACCCGCGCACUCGGCCUUUUGCCAGGCCGCUGCAAGCGCCCAUAGAGUCUACUACAGAGACUGGCCCAGUACCUACAGAGACCAAGACUGUGCCCUGGUUCAUGCAGUACAACAAGCAAUUUGAUCAUGCAUCGCCAGCACGUCAAGCUCCCAUUCCUGCUGUGCCGGCGAGCGCGCCACCCAUCUUGUCGCCAUUGCUGACGUACCUUGUGCAAGACUUGAUCUUGCAAGACAUCAAAUUGCUCGACUUGCGUCAGCGCGAGAAUCCCUGGGGAGAUGAUUGUAUGAUGAUCUUGUGCACGGCUCAGUCAGAAAGACAGCUCCGUUCUUCUGCCGAAUCUCUAAAGGGCUAUCUACGGAAACAUGGCGGUGCACCACGCAUUGAGGGGCUCGUUAAUUGGGAAAACACAAAGGUCAAGCGCCGCAGACGCAGAAAGAUGCUAGGAAAAGCAAGCUACCAAGUGGACGACGAUCGUCUGCGCUGGAUCUUCAUCGAUGCGGGCAAAUCGGGCCUCAUCCUGCAGCUCUUUACUGAGCAAGGGCGAGAUGAAAUCCAGCUUGAAGAGCUCUGGCAGAAGCGCGUCCAUGCUGAUUAG